AUGGCGUGCGUUAUCAAGGUCCCCUGCUCGUCCGCCAACAUUGGCCCCGGUUUCGACGUCAUCGGCCUCGCCCUCUCCGUCUACCUCGAGUUGCACGUCAAGCCCGACCCUUCCGCCGAGCAGCUCAAUUCGCUCGCCUGCCGCAUCACAUAUGAAGGUGAGGGCGCGGACGAAAUCGAUCUCGACCCCGAUGUCAACCUCGUCACCCGCGUCGCCCUCUAUGUCCUCAAGUGCCAUGGCCAGCGAAAGUUCCCCGGCACCCACGUACACAUCAAGAACCCAAUUCCCUUGGGAAGAGGCUUGGGAAGCAGCGGUGCCGCAGUGGUUGCCGGUGUGAGUCUCGGAAAUGAGGUCGGAAACCUGGGACUGUCCAAGGCCAGAAUGCUCGACUACUGUCUCAUGAUCGAAAGACACCCGGACAACGUCGCUGCCGCUCUGUACGGUGGUUUCGUCGGUACAUACCUGAACGAACUCGACCCCGCCGACAUGGCCCGUAAGGAGAUUCCGCUGGCCGAGGUCCUGCCUGAGCCUGCUGGUGGUAUCGACACCGGCCUCCAGCCCCCGGAGCCGCCGCACAACAUUGGUCACUACAAGAAAUUCAAGUGGGCUAAGGAAAUCAAGUGCAUUGCUAUUAUUCCCCAAUUCGAGGUCUCUACGGCCAAGGCGAGAGGUGUUCUGCCGGCCCAGUACAGCCGCGCCGACCUGGUCUUCAACCUGCAGAGAAUAGCUCUCCUGACCACCGCCCUUGGUGAAUCUCCCCCAGACCCUGACAUGAUCUACGAGGGUAUGCAGGACAAGAUCCACCAGCCUUACCGCAAGACUCUUAUCCCCGGUCUUACUGAAAUCCUUCAAUCUGUCACCCCCAAGUCGCAUCCUGGUCUGCUUGGUAUCUGCUUGUCUGGUGCUGGCCCUACCAUCCUUGCACUAGCCACCCACAACUUUGACGACAUUGCCAACCACCUCAUCAAUGAAUUCAAGAAGGAGAACAUCACUUGCAUCUGGAAACUCCUCGAGCCCGCUGAGGAUGGUACCACUGUCACCCGGGAGACGCCUGCCCAGCAAGAGGCCAUGACCUAUGCUUCUGCUGGUGUGAGCAUUGAUGCCGGCAACGAGCUUGUCCAGCGUAUCAAGGCCUCAGUCAAGUCGACACGUAGAGCUGGUGCUGACGCCGAGAUUGGUGGAUUCGGCGGCACCUUCGACCUUGCUGCUGCCGGCUACAAGGAGGCACCCAUCCUUGUCGGUGCCAUUGACGGCAUUGGCACCAAGGUCAAGAUUGCAUUCGACAUGGGCAAGCAUGACACCGUUGGUAUCGAUCUUGUUGCCAUGAACGUCAACGACCUUGUGGUCCAGGGUGCUGAGCCGCUCAUGUUCCUCGACUACUACGCGUGUAGCAAACUGGACGUUGACGCCGCUGCCGCCUUCGUCCAUGGUGUUGCUGAAGGUUGCAAGCAGUCCAACUGCACUCUUGUCGGCGGUGAGACCGCCGAGAUGCCCGGUCUGUACUCUGCUGGCGAGUAUGACGCUGGUGGUGCCGCCAUUGGUGCCCUUGCUCGCAACCAGCCCAUCCUCCCUGACACGGCCUCCAUGGUCGAGGGCGACGUCCUUAUCGGCCUCGCCUCUAGCGGCCCGCACUCUAACGGCUUCUCCCUCAUCCGCAAGAUCGUCGAGCGUGCUGGCCUCUCUUUCCACUCUCCCGCGCCCUGGAGCCAAUCCGGCGAGUCUGUCGGCGUUGCUCUCCUCACGCCCACUCGCAUCUACGUCCGCCCGCUUCUUGCCGCGGCACAACAGCGCCUCCUCAAGGGUAUGGCACACAUCACUGGUGGUGGUCUGCUCGAGAACAUCCCGCGCAUGCUGCCUAACCACCUCCAGGCCGUCGUUGACGCCGCCACCUACCCCGUGCCGCCCGUCUUCCGCUGGCUCAAGCAGGCUGGUGGUGUCGAGGACAGGGAGUUCUCGCGCGCGUUCAACACCGGUCUCGGCAUGGUGUGCGUCGUUGACAAGAGCAAGGUGGCCGAGGCGACCAAGGCGUUGGAGGCGGCUGGUGAGAAGGUCUACGUGGUUGGUGAGCUGGUGAAGAGGACUGAGGGCCAGGAGGGCUGCGAGGUCAAGAACAUGCAGGCCUGGAACUAA